CUUACCUUUUCAAACUUACUUUUAAUAGGAUCGGAAACUCCAUGGCACAGCUCAGCAACUGCUCCAGGACAGCAAGACAAAAAUAGAAGUGAUACGAAUGCAGAUUCUUCAAGCAGUCCAGACCAAUGAAUUGGCUUUUGAUAAUGCCAAACCUGUCAUAAGUCCUCUUGAACUACGGAUGGAAGAAUUAAGACAUCAUUUUAGGAUAGAGUUUGCAGUAGCAGAAGGUGCAAAGAAUGUAAUGAAAUUACUUGGCUCAGGAAAAGUAACAGACAGAAAAGCACUUUCAGAAGCUCAAGCAAGAUUUAAUGAAUCAAGUCAGAAGUUGGAUCUUCUGAAGUAUUCGCUAGAGCAAAGAUUAAAUGAACUUCCCAAGAACCAUCCCAAAAGCAGUGUUGUCAUUGAGGAGCUGUCACUUGUUACGUCACCAACACUGAGUCCACGCCAAAGUAUGAUAUCUGCACAGAGCCAGUAUAGCACGCUGUCCAAACCAGCAGCCCUGACAGGUACUUUGGAAGUUCGCCUUAUGGGCUGUCAGGAUAUCCUAGAGAAUGUCCCUGGACGGUCAAAGGCAGCAGCGGUUGCACUGCCUGGUUGGAGUCCAAGUGAAACCAGAUCAUCGUUUAUGAGCAGAACGAGUAAAAGUAAAGGCGGAAGUAGUCGAAAUCUCCUGAAAACCGAUGACUUGUCCAAUGAUGUCUGUGCAGUUUUGAAGCUAGAUAAUACUGUGGUUGGUCAAACUAGCUGGAAACCAAUUUCCAAUCAGUCAUGGGACCAGAAGUUUACACUGGAACUAGACAGGUCACGUGAACUGGAAAUUUCAGUUUAUUGGCGUGAUUGGCGAUCUCUGUGUGCUGUAAAGUUUCUGAGGUUAGAAGAUUUUUUAGACAACCAACGGCAUGGCAUGUGUCUCUAUUUGGAACCACAGGGUACUUUAUUUGCAGAGGUUACCUUUUUUAAUCCAGUUAUUGAAAGAAGACCAAAACUCCAAAGACAAAAGAAAAUUUUUUCAAAACAACAAGGCAAAACAUUUCUCAGAGCUCCUCAGAUGAAUAUUAAUAUUGCCACUUGGGGAAGGCUAGUGAGAAGAGCUAUUCCCACAGUAAAUCAUUCUGGCACCUUCAGCCCGCAAGCCCCGGUGCCCGCUGCAGUCCCCGUGGUUGACGUGCGCAGCCCUGAACUAGCGCCUCCAGUUAGUGAUUCUACAGUAACCAAAUUGGACUUUGAUCUGGAACCUGAACCUCCUCCGGCCCCGCCACGUGAUUCUUCCCUUGGAGAAAUAGAUGAAUCUGCUGAAUUAAGAGAUUUGGAUACACCAGGCCAGGUUUCAGAAACUAUUUUUGACACUGAAAAUGGCAGAAAUAGUGUACUUCCAACAUCGCAUUCUGAAUAUGAGCCUGAUAUUCCUCAGUCAGUUCUCGAAUACAGUGGUGAUCGUGAACUUGAGGACAGAAGAUCUCAACAGAUGUUUCAGUUUAAUCUACAAGACUUCAGAUGUUGUGCUGUCUUGGGCAGAGGACAUUUUGGAAAGGUACUUUUGGCUGAAUAUAAACACACAAACGAGAUGUUUGCUAUAAAAGCCUUAAAGAAAGGAGACAUUGUGGCUCGAGAUGAAGUAGACAGCCUGAUGUGUGAAAAAAGAAUUUUUGAAACUGUGAAUAGUGUAAGGCAUCCCUUUUUGGUGAACCUUUUUGCAUGUUUCCAAACCAAAGAGCACGUCUGCUUUGUAAUGGAAUAUGCUGCCGGUGGGGACCUCAUGAUGCACAUUCAUGCUGACGUCUUUUCUGAACCAAGAGCUGUAUUUUAUGCUGCAUGUGUAGUGCUCGGGUUGCAGUAUUUACAUGAACACAAAAUUGUUUAUAGAGAUUUGAAAUUGGAUAACUUAUUGCUAGAUACAGAGGGCUUUGUGAAAAUUGCCGAUUUUGGUCUUUGCAAAGAAGGAAUGGGAUAUGGAGACAGAACAAGCACAUUCUGCGGCACUCCUGAAUUUCUUGCCCCAGAAGUGUUAACAGAAACGUCCUACACGAGGGCUGUCGAUUGGUGGGGCCUUGGUGUGCUUAUAUAUGAAAUGCUCGUUGGGGAGUCUCCCUUUCCUGGUGAUGAUGAAGAGGAAGUGUUUGACAGUAUUGUAAACGAUGAAGUAAGGUACCCAAGGUUCUUAUCUACAGAAGCCAUCUCAAUCAUGAGAAGGUUAUUAAGAAGAAAUCCUGAGCGGCGCCUUGGAGCUGGUGAGAAAGAUGCAGAGGAUGUAAAAAAGCACCCAUUUUUCCGACUAAUUGAUUGGAGUGCUCUGAUGGACAAAAAAGUAAAGCCGCCGUUUGUACCUACCAUUCGAGGCCGGGAAGAUGUCAGUAAUUUUGAUGAUGAAUUUACCUCAGAAGCACCUAUUCUGACUCCCCCUCGAGAACCGAGGAUACUUUCAGAAGAGGAGCAGGAAAUGUUCAGAGAUUUUGACUACAUCGCUGAUUGGUGUUGAGUUCCUAUACACUGUGAAACAAAGGAGACCGACUCGCAAGCAGACCUCUUAAAAAUAGCAGCCCUUCAUUUGCCACCAAUAGCUUCUGAAUCAUUGUAAACAUAUGAAGAUGUGUUUAAAAGUACUGUUCUAACACCUUCUUGAAAAGUGGCUUCUCAGUGUAUUUUCAAUGUAAAUCGAGCACUGGAAACAGUUUCAUGGAAUUUAAGCUGAAUGAACAUUGGCCGUGAAAAUCUCUCACAGAUGAAGACUUUUGAAUCAAUAGUCUUACUUUUUAGAAAGGAGAACAAAGCAAAACACACCCUUCUGCAGCCCCGAGCUCCACCGAGCGCCCGCCCGGAGUGGGGGCGGGGCUGAGGAGCCGUUGCCCUCAGCUGCGUUUCCAGGAAGAGGAAGGAGGGCUGGGGUGCCGUUGCCAUCCACACACAGUGUGAUUUUGUUUGAAUAAGGCAAAUGCUCUUCUUUGUUUAAAGAAAUUACUGUAAUAUCAAAAAAUGUAAUGGUAGUUUGUGCACAUUUUGGGGCCUUUUUUUUUUAAACGAAAUGAAUUGAUGUCUUGUAUUAUAAAUUUUCUAUAUUUAUUAGAAGAAAAAUUUUAUUCCUUACCUUUACCAACCAUGUAACAGAGCCUCAUAGCUUUCCAACAGAGCUGCUUGCCAAACAACUUUUUUGUUUCUUAAACCAACCGUGGUGAAACAAACAGGAACAACUCUACAUCUGCAUUUACUUAAAAUGUUAAGAAUGAGGACUUACGACCAGCCUGUACCAAGACGCUGUUACCUGUAUGCAUUCCCAAAGUCUAGCUACUCAGUACGUUCAGUCCUACCUUCUUCCAGAAUCAGUGAACUGAUUACUCCUUUUUUGAUAUUCAUUGUACAUUUGAUAUCAACCUAGUUCAUCUUCUUGUGUCUACUGUAGAAGAGAACUAUAUCUUUGUUAAAACAUAGGGAUUAUCAUUGUAUACAUGCUGUGAACAUGUAUAUGUGCAAGUUGUAAUGUAUUCUGUGCUGUAGGUUUAUUAUUUAAUUUCACCACUUCAUCACUUUGUACAGUGGCCAAGCAGACACCUCAGACUCCAGCAUGUACAUUAAGUGCAUUUGUACAUUUUAGGCCACUGGAUCCAGAUUUUAUAUUGGCAGUUACUGAGGGCAAAAGCAAUAUAUUAUAACAGAAUGUAUAAAUAUUUUUGAUAAAACAGUCUAUAUUUUAUAAAACUUAUUAUAACACUAAAGCUGUACCUCAAAAGUCUCAAAAAUAAUUUGAUCAAAUACUUUUUACAACUGUUCAGAGGAUCCAUUGUGGCUUUUUUAAUGCUCUUAUAGAAGAGUCUUUUUGCAGGCCAUGACUUUUCUACUUGCCUGGAGUUUGUUUUUAUUUCUGUUUCGUUUUGUUUUAAUUAUUUUCCCUCCUAGCCGAUGACUUUGUUUUUCCUCAGUUCAAUAACACCAUCGUUGAUUCUGUGCUUAUUAGCAUGUUAGGGUCAUCAUACCUCAGGAAUAACAAGUUGUUAACUAGUCAUACUGAGUUAAACAGUUCAGUCACCAUGAUCUCAUGUCUUUAAAAUUGCUCAAGUUUAAAUCCUGUGAAGAAAAUGAAAGCACACUGAUUAUAAGACAGUUGAGCUUAAAGCAUUUAUAAAUUCUUCAGCCUUACCAGGAUGUGUUGGCAUGUUUUUGUUGUACUCUGAGAACAAUUAAAAUUGUUCACAGAUAAUUCCUGUUUCCUUACAAAUUGAUUAUUACCCAUGAUCCUUUGGAGGAAAUCUUACAGAAAGAGGGAGUGCUAUGUUUAAAAUUAUUUUAAAAUGCCAGUUAACUUCCUUGGUAAAGGACAGUAGAGGAUCUUAGCUUAAAUGUCUGCUCUUAAUGUAAACAGUGUUAAUACAACAUUAAAAAAAAACACUAAAUACUUUUGAGGUACAGUCUGCUCACCUUUUCUGGUUCUCAAAUAUGCAUAGAGAGCAAUGUCUAAAAUAGACUUUUUAGCAUUAAAAACUGUCAUAGCAUUUUGUAACUACACAGUGUACAGAAUUUUUUUUUAAUUGAAGUCAAUCACUAAAAAUAAUUAGAGGGCAGGGUAUAUUCACACAAUUAAGCUGAAGAAAGCACUAAUUUUUUCUGUAGUUUUUAAAAUAUAUAUAUUUUAGGUUAAAAAUUUUUAAACUCCAUAGAGUGUAAAUAUAUUUUGCUAUUACUGUAUGUGUAAGUGACUGCUCAAGCACUUUGUAAGGAAAUUAGGAUAUUUUAGAAUGGUACACUAUGCAUUCAAAUGAAAUGUGCCUUUAUGUCAUUUUAAGAAAAAGUGUUUUGCAGUCAUAAAUUACCACAAAUGCACAAAUUAAAGUUUAAAUAGAUUGUAA